AUGGGGUCUGGAGCGACGGAUGAUGAUUUUGAUUUUCUCCUUAGCGAUGGCAACGAGCCCACAAAAAAACGCCACAGUGGUGAUUCAACCCGCGGCAAAAGCGUAGGUGACACUGACAAAGGGUCAAAGACAGGACCGUCGAAGGCGGGGCUAGCCGGAGGAGUCUCCGCAACAGGGGGUGCCACAAAGAAGCAAGCUCGUAGCGCUAAUGGCCGGAGCAAAGCAAAGACUCUCGGAAAGGCUCUGAAGGAUGAGAUGGUACCCAAAUCGAAGGGAACACGAGAUAAGUUAACGGCGGGUACCGACUCAGAUAAACAAAACGUGAAGAGCGAAAGUAGGAGACCGGAAAAGAACUCGUCAGGCGAUGCGUCAUCGCUAGACAUUUGGGAUGAUACAUCCGAGGACAGUCUUAACAACAACAGGGGGGAUGCCGUCGAUUCAUCGAAAUCGUCGUUUGAUUUCAGAAUUCCGCCAGCCUCCGGCGGCUCUUCCUUAUCAUCAGCUAUCUACCCUCUUUCUGUGGAUGAUGGCACGAACUCACAGCUCGCAAAUCCGCUAGCUGAUGCACUGGGGGGGUUCGGUCUCAAUGAUCCUUCUCCACCGGCGUCAGCGGCUCGAGCAGCGGAGUGGGCCAAAGAUACUGCUCGGGAAUUUGAGCAAAAGAUGCAGGACAAGAUGCAAGAUGGUCCGAACCCGGAGAGCUGGCACAGACAAGAUGUUUCGAGCGACGCUGUGGCAGCCCUCAACAGAGAUCGAGAGAGGAGGCUCGCCGCGGCUUUGAGAGAGGCCACGCCGGCGCCGCUGUCGAUCGUGUAUUCCAGAGCAACGCAGACCGUCCCUGCCAUCAAUUACGUCGGUGUGGGGUAUGACAGCAUCAAAGGGAACCCCAUAGGCGAUCCCAACUCGAUGGGAGACCCUGGACUUCGAGCGCCCAUCAUUCGCUUUUCCUACGCUCAAAACGAGGAUGGAGUCUCAAAUGACUUGACUGUGCUGCAGCCUAUUGGUGGCUAUGUUAGGCCAUAUGUUGCGUGUAAACAAAGCGAGACUGUAACCGAAUUGUCAACCCUCAGCGAUUACCAGAAAGAGCUUUCCGUUGACGGGUCCUUACAAGGAGGGGAUCCCAUAGGGAUGAAUAGUUUUUCUGCCUCGGCGGGGUACCGUCAGUUUGCUAAAGAAGUGGCGAAGAGGGAUACCAGGACGUACAUGCUGAAAACGUAUUGCAUGCGCUAUGAAGCCGGCAUCGCACAGACUGACCAGUUCAAGUGGAACGUAACAAUGGCAUUCGAUGCUGCCGUCAAUCAGCUCCCGACGACGUUCGAUGGUCACGACCCUGCGUGCGACUGCACACCGGAGCAGUGGCGUCAAGAUCAGAAUAGUGACAUAUGCAGCACAACGAACAUUCCGAAUUGGAUAAGCUUUAUAGAGCAAUUCGGCACUCACUAUCUUGUCCGAUUGUUUGCGGGUGGCAAAAUGACAUACCAGGUUACCAUGAAGCGGUCGCAAGUUGACUCGAUGAAGAAAAAGGGAAUUGACGUUCAAGCGCAGCUGAAGGUGGAGCUUAUUGGCGUUGGAGUAGGGGGGUCGCAGGCCACCUCGGGCAAGAGAACUAAAAGCAAAUCUGAAUUCGAGCUCAGCGCCAGCAAAGAGACGCUCGUAAUUGGCGGGCGCCCACCGGGGGACGUCUCUGAUCCGGCCGCACUUGGGGUUUGGGCUGAUACAGUCGAGCAAUUACCUAUGCCUGUGAAAUUUGAGGUCCAGCCGCUACAAUACAUGCUCCCGGCGGACAAACAGGAUGCAUUUCAGAGUGCUGUCACGUUCUACUCUAAGGCUGUCGGCAUGACACCACAAGAUCUGAGCGCGCUAACAGGUGUUGUUCGAAGCAUACCGAAAGAACUAACUGAAGCAACUCAGGUCGCCUGGGCGGGGCCACCACCCGGAUUCGCCAAGUGUCCGGAGGGCAAAGUCGUCAUUCUCGGCUUCGCAAUGCACCUUAACUUCAGCGACGGGAGCCCCGAUGUGUUUCGCAUCGUCGCAUGCCCUCCUGGACGAGAGAAGUGCGAUGGAAUCGGUACGGCCAGGAGCCAAAGCGAUGAAGAACGUAUUUACAUACUCUGCGCGGAUGAGCAUAUCAACGAGAUUCAACAAGUCGCGGUCGAGUCCACUAUUGGCACCGGUGCGGUGACGCUAGAGGCUAUAUGCCCUGACGAAACGGUCAUCGCAGGAGGUUUCGCACUGUCACUCCAAAGUGGCCGGGAAGGUCUCGAGACUUUCUCGAUUGAAUCGUGCACUACCGGUCAGACAACAUGUACCAAGUCGCCAACACCAGGGACGCAGAAGAAUUUGAUAUGGAUGGCAUGCAUUGACAAACAAUAUCCGGGAAUUCGUGAACUGGUAAACGUGGCCGCCGUCGGCGAUGUGGGGAAAGCAAACAAAAAUGUUCCAGAUAGAGAUGGGUCUGUGAGCGUGGCAUGCCCGGAGAAUACCUCCAUUGUUCUUGGAUAUACCAUGGAGGCACACACAAGCAUGCAGCUGGUGCGAGACAAGUUUGUUCACUGCCCAGAAAACGCUGCGAAGUGCGAAAUGUCAGGGAAAGGCGUGGACAAGGGUAUUCUCUGGGUGUAUGACCGACACGCGCUUUUUGGAUGGCUAAUAUGCAAAAGCACGGCAGAGCCUGCUAGUCAUGUAGCAACAGACGUGAAAGCUACAGAGGAUACGAAGAAGAAAAAGAAGGCGAAGAAGUCGGAGGGAUUAUUCGACAAGUUGAACAGUGUCAAAGAUGACCAAGGGCAGACAGAUAUUGUGCCCCCGUUGCCACUACCAGGCUCCGAACUUAUGCCGUCACCAGAACCUAUGACCACGCCUCAGCUCCCCGGCGUUGACCCCGCAGACCUAUAG